AUGCCACAAGCUGCCAAGAUCUGGUGUGACAUAUCUACAUGAAAGCAUCGUCCUUACGUCCCUUUCGCCAUGUGGAUAUUGGUCUUCCAAGUCGUACAUGAUUUGGAACAACCUACGAUCUACGUGCGUACAAUGCACUAAUCCCAGACCAAUGCAAGCAGACAUUGACAAUUGGACAAAAGACUGUCCAGUUUGGCAAAAGGACAAGGUAGAGAGCCACACGAAUGCCCCUAUAGGCAGUUCUGAGCUAAUUUUAGAGGGCUUUAACCACAUCCACACGGACAUUAUGGAAACCAUUCCAAUGCAAGACAUAAUGGCAGAGACAGUUGCGAGAACAUUCGUCACUCACUGGGUUUCAAGAUAUAGCACACCGACAACCAUCCCAACCGACGGAUUCAGACAAUUCGAAUCCGAUCUUUUGGGCUAA